AGCUCCCCCUCGGGGUCUUGAGGAUUAAACAGUGAUGGAAGCACUUUAGACCCGUACUUGACGCUUUCUCCGCGCUCGCUGUUAGCGCAGAGGAGGAGGGGCCCUCGCGGAGACCCGUGAGGCGAGGCGGGGCGAGCCGGGCCUGGCGGCGGCCAAUCACCAACCGGGGGGUCGGUGCCUCGCCUCUGAGGUCCGAUUCUUAAAAGGGCAAAGAAAGGGCGCCGAGAGGUCGGCUCGGCCGUCCUGACCGCUUCUGUUGGAGCCCCAAGGGCUUGGGAGCGUUAGGAGAGAGGACGCACAGCCCACCUUCCCACGCCCCGACCCGGCCCCUGCCCAGCUGUGGGCGCAGCCCCUUUAAGAGCCCGGCGGGUCGGACGCCCGAGGCCGCGGCGGUCCCUGCGCUGUGGGCCGCGCUAGGGCCGUGCUCCCGGGCCAUGCGGGCGCUGCAGGCCGGGCUGACCCUGGCGCUGGGCGCCGGCCUGGGGGCGGCCGCCGAGAGCUGGCGGCGGCGGCGGGCGGACGCGCGGGCGGCGCCGGGGCUGCUGGGCCGGCUGCCCGUGCUGCCCGUGGCGGCGGCGGCCGAGCUGCCCGCCCUGCCCGGGGGCCCGGCGGGCGGCGGCGCCGGCGAGCUGACCAAGUACGGGCUGCCCGGGCUGGUGCAGCUCAAGAGCCGCGAGUCGUACGUGCUGUGCUACGACCCGCGCACCCGCGGCGCGCUCUGGGUGGUCGAGCAGCUGCGGCCCGAGCGGCUCCGCGGCGACGGCGACCGCCGCGCGUGCGACUUCCGCGAGGACGACUCGGUGCACGCCUACCACCGCGCCACCAACGCCGACUACCGCGGCAGCGGCUUCGACCGCGGCCACCUCGCCGCCGCCGCCAACCACCGCUGGAGCCAGAAGGCCAUGGACGACACCUUCUACCUGAGCAACGUCGCGCCCCAGGUGCCCCACCUCAACCAGAACGCCUGGAACAACCUGGAGAAGUACAGCCGCAGCCUGACCCGCACCUACCAGAACGUCUAUGUCUGCACGGGGCCACUAUUCCUGCCCAGGACUGAGGCUGACGGGAAGUCCUACAUGAAGUACCAGGUCAUUGGCAAGAACCACGUGGCGGUGCCCACCCACUUCUUCAAGGUGCUGAUCCUGGAGGCAGCAGGCGGGCAAAUCGAACUCCGCUCCUAUGUGAUGCCCAACGCUCCCGUGGAUGAGGCCAUCCCCCUGGAGCGCUUCCUGGUGCCCAUCGAGAGCAUCGAGCGGGCCUCGGGGCUGCUCUUUGUGCCAAACAUACUGGCAAGGGCGGGCAGAGUCAAGGCCAUCACUGCAGGCAGCAAGUGAGGAUGGCGGCGCAGCCAGACUGUGGGGCUUAGGGGCUGGGUCAGAUUAAAGGUGGUUAUUUUUGGA